UCGAGUGGUAGCGGUCGCUUCUAGGGUCGGCCUCCGUUACUGUUGUAUUGUAAAGGCGUUAUACUUGCACCGGUAUUAUUUUUCAUAACGUUGGACAAAGUGGUAUGAACAUCUGAAGUUGAUGUUUGCUGGUUUGCUGUUGCUAGGAGUCUUCGUACACGCUCGUAAAACGGGGAGCUGGGAUGGUCUGUUUUGAAGCAACAGCCCACUCGCUGGUUGAAAGCGGAAACAAACUUUCGCACUAGGCUAACUCGUGGGUGCACAAUGCUGCACGGAGUGAAACCCUGACAUCUCAAAUUUCUUAAGAAUCAUUUUAUUAGUUUCCAACAUGCCUGGUUUGAGAGAAGCUGGACUCGUGGGUGCUGCAAUUGCUCUAACUGGGGGAGUUGUGUACGUAACGUGGAGUUUUUUGUCUUCGAGGCAAAAACCCGAAGAGCCUGUUGAAAUAGAGCCCGAGAAAGAAACCAGUACAGAGGCCCCGGUCGUGCCAGAGACAGUCCCCGCUGUUGCUGAGGAGCCGGAGAGAAACGAUGUACAAACUGAGAGACCAUCCAGCAGGCAGGUCCUGGUUCUCGGGUUGGAUGGCGCUGGGAAAACCAGCCUGGUGCACUGCCUGGCCACGGGCACCCUGGAGCAGAACGUCGCUCCGACUAAGGGCUUCAACGCCGUCUCCAUCAAUAAAGAGGACCUCAAGAUCGAGUUCCUAGAGAUUGGAGGUAGUGAAGAUCUGAGGGCCUACUGGAAGAUGUACCUGUGCAAGGCGGAGGUGCUGGUGUAUGUGGUGGACUCAUCCGACUCCGCCCGCUUCCCCUUGGCCAAAAUGCACCUUCACGAGCUGAUUGCCGAACACCCCCGCCUGUCUUUAGUGGUACUGGCCAACAAGCAGGAUGUGGAAGGGGCGUGUGGUAUCACUGACCUCCAUGAGGCCCUGUUCCUGGAGGGCGUGGGAGACGAACGCAAGCUGUUCCUCAUCGGGACACACGUGAGCAAGGACGCCGCUGAGAUCCCCUCCAGUGUCCAGGACGCUCGGGAACUGAUCGUUCAGAUGGUGUCUGACGCCAAUUAGCGGUCCCCCUCCAACCCCCCGCUUACUCCCCCCUCCACCCUGUCUGCACACAUCACCUUCCCAUCAGUGUGCAUACUGUAUGGGGGGUCAUGUAGGCCUGGGUCAAGCUUUUGAAAUAUUUUUCUGUACCCGUUUGCCACCACGUCUAUAUUUGGAGGACUUAAGAUUUUUUUUUUUUUCUCAAUAGCAACCAGAUCUAUUGACUGUGAAAAUAUAAAUGGAUUUGAAUGAACAGUCUUAAAACCAAAUACUCAAAAGCUUUGUUGCCCAACAACAUUAAACCAAUGGUGAAUUAAAAUGAAUAAUAAACAAAAGUGUUAAUGCUGCAUUUGAGAACACUUGCUGACCACUGAGAAUUUUCAGCAAAGAAAUGUUAUGAACCAAAACAUACCGUUAUAAAACAAAACAAAAAGAAAUUGUUCUGAAUAUUGGUGGCAGAUGUUGUCAGGAAUGUUCAGGAGUUUUACUGGUGUCAAAAGGGCUGGAGUAUUUCAGAUUAAACCUUUGACCUGGCAUUGAUUAUAUUAGACGGGUGCUGCUGACCAAAGAUUUCAGUACAUUUGACUGUUUCCAGCCCUGGUUGCCAGCCCUGGUUUUGUUGCCAGCCCUGGUUGCCAGCCCUGGUUUUGUCUCCAAUUGUCAUCACUUUUUUCGGUUAUUUAUUUUUUUGACAAGACAAUAUGGAAAAACGACAAGAUGUUUUUCUGGCUUUGUGUAUGGUGAACAUGCAGUUGAGCCAGGUAUCUAAUUGAAACACUACCAGUUUAAUAACGAAUGGUUUGAUAACGCAUUUGAAAUUAUAUUAUACAAACAGAUGCACACUGAGGCUGGGUUUUGAUCAUUUUCUGUUUGCAAUUAUGUACAUUACUAUAUACUACACAUUACUGUACAUGUAAUAUACAUUAAUAUCAAGCAUUGCCCCUUGCUUGAUAUAGUAAGUAUACAUUUGGUAUAAAAUCCAGCCUGGGUACAGUUCUUGACUUCUUGAAAUAGUCAUACUUUAUUACUCUCCACUUUGGAAACUAAUUUCAUAAAGAAAAAAAGUGAGUGUUCAUACCAAUGGAAAUAAAGACGUAAUGGAUAUAUAUUCCUGUAUGUUUUUACAUGGGGAAAACAAAGUGCUUUUUCUCUUUUCUCUCUUUCGUACUACUGAUUGGCAAUUUACAAAGAAAAUAUAUUUGUUCAGCAAAUAAAAAUAUGAUUAAGUUUU